UUAGUUUAAAAGUAAAUGUUUAACGGGUAGUUCAUUGAUUUUGUCAGUAUCACUGUGUAUAUAGUGUUGAUUAAAGAACAUGGCGACGAAAUAUACAUUACUUUCCUGGUUUCUUGUGAUCAUUGUGCAAUAUGACAUCGUUUUAGCAUCCAAGAGUUGUAACUGUUCCUGCAAUUCUGGGGGGAUCGAUUUUGACGACCUGGAUCCUGUUACUCAAGAAAAGGUGAACAACAUCUCUAAAGAGUUGAAGGUUGAUACACGGAACACAAGUUCUCACACUCGCACUCUCGUAUCUGUAUCGGAUCCCCGCCCGUCAGCCCAGGCAGCUGGAUACAUAGGAAUUCUCAUACUUACCAUCGUGUUUGGAUCCCUUGUCUUACUGGAUUUGACUCGUGUUUGUGUUAAACCAGAAACAAAGUAUAUGGACUGACAUUCUUUAAGCCCCGAUGAAUUAUUGUCAAGGAAUGGGGAUUUUUAUAGAUAUGAAUGGGACCCUUCUUCUGUCGUAUGUUCCUGUUUAAAUGUGUACUAAUAUUGUAAUGUCUAUAUCUUAAAUAGUUCAUUCAGAUUAAAUGUUUUCCCACACUUAGGAAUGUGCUCUAUCAGCGAAAGCUAUAUAUUUAGUAUUAAGUCAGUAAUUGAUGUUGACAGCCUCAGCCACGCGGUUUGUGAAAUUGCUUAGUUAUGUAGUUUAGAAUUAAAGAGUUGAAUUGGA